AGAACUCGGUGGGGUGACCAGAAAGUACCUAAGACAAAAGCUACCAGGAAAGACAGAGCCUUGUUUUCACGGUGGCUCUGGGCCCAGGCAACUUCCUUCUCCCAGGGACUUCGGAGCUGGUGCUCUGCCUGCCAGUAAGAGGGAAGCUGGCGUCCCCAGGAGAGCCUGGAGCAGGCACUGCAAAGGGCGCUAAGCUUGGGGAAGACCCACACACACUCUUGUUGAGGUGUCUGCAGUAACACUCGGGAGCCAAAAUGAUGGGUGGCUGCCCAAGAACCCACUGAGGCACAGAUUCUUCAUGAAGCCUCUUACUGAGAGCCAGGCGUGCAUCUGUGGAACCCACAUUCCCCGGGCAACUGAAAAUGGAGAGAUGAGCACCCUGAGGAUAUGGACGCAGAGCGAGAAGCCCUGCAGUGCACUGCCUACCCCGAGGUGCAGAGCUUCUGCCGGAAACAUGGCUUGACAUUUGAGGCGGUUGAUCUGAGGUGGGGCAUCCCAGACACGCAGGCUGCUAACUGCUUGACCACAGAACUUUGCUUAGAAGAACUUGACCGCUGCCAGAGAACGUCCGUAGGACCAGCUUUUGUGGCUCUCCUGGGCGACCAGUAUGGCCCCUGUCUGGUUCCCCAACGGAUCGAGGAGAAAGAGUGGGAGGCACUAAGGGCCCAGCUGACCUCCAGGCCUCGAGAUCUGAAGCUGGUGGCCAGGCAUUUCCGGAGAGACGACAACACCAUCCCUCCCACCUACGUGCUGCAGUCUGCAGAUUCCGCAGAGGACCCAGGGCCUGAGGAGGCCACCUUGACCUCUGUCCUGCAAGGCGGAGCCCAGGAGGCCCGGAGGCUGGGUCUCCUCAGCCAGGAACAAUGGAAGCGCUAUCAUCGAUCAGUCAUUGAGUGGGAGAUUGAGCAAGGCCUCCUGAGCUCAGCACGAGGGGACCAGGGAGCCACUGUCUUCCUGAGAGAUGUGCAGGACCUUAGUAAACACAUCUUGGACGAUUGCUCUCUGAAGAUGGUUGAUCGGCUGGCAGACGGCUGCCUGGACACGGACGCCCAGAGUCUUCUCAGCGGCCUCAAGGGACGCAUCCUAGAUGCUCAGCCUGGAGCCCUAAAGUCCCACCGCCUGCCCUGGAGCCGAGACCUGGUCAAUCCCAAGAAUAAGGCCCACGCUCGCUACCUGAAGGAGCUGAGCGAGCAGUUCGUGGCCAGGACCAACCAUCAAGUCCUGGAGCAACUGCGAGAGCUAGAGUCAGGCAGACAGGAGCUGGGCUGGCUCUACCAGGAGAUCCGCCAGCACCUCUGGCGGGGUGCAGAGUCCGCCAGAAUCUUCUGCGGCCGGCAAGAGCUCCUGGCUCAGCUGAGGCAGCGGCUCAGACAAGAUGACAUCUGGCCCCAUACUCCGCUGGUUCUCUUUGGACCUCCUGGCAUCGGGAAGACCUCCCUCAUGUGCAAGCUAGCCGAGCAGGUACCAGGGCUUCUUGGCCACAAGACGGUGACUGUCCUGAGGCUGUUAGGUACAUCAACCAUGAGCCUGGAUGCCCGAAGCCUCCUCAAGAGCCUGUCCUUCCAGGUGUGCUUGGCCUACGGGCUGCCACUGCCCCCAACCCAGGUCCUGGAGGUCCAUGGCAGGCUGGGCCACUUCUUUCACACCCUCCUCCACACGGUGUCCCGUAGGAACUUUGAGUCCCUGGUUCUGCUCCUGGACUCGGUGGAUGAUCUGGAUUCCACAUGCCAUUCUCAGAGGAUUUCCUGGCUGCCCCUCAAGUGUCCCCCAAGGGUACACGUCAUCCUCUCUGCAUGCUCAGACCAGCAGGUGUUACAUACCCUGCGACAGACCCUCAAGGACCCCAGUGCCUACUGGGAGGUGAAGGCCCUGUCUGGAUGCCAAGGACAGGAGUUCAUCCAGCUGCUACUGCAUGCAGAAAGGAGGACGCUGAGCCCGGGUCAGAGGGACAUCCUCUGGGCCAGCCUCCCAGAGUGCGGCCACCCAGGGCGGCUACGGCUGGCCUUUGAGGAGGCUCGGAAAUGGGCUUCCUUCACUGUACCAGUGCCCUUGGCCACCACAGCUGAGGAAGCCACACACCAGCUCUGCAUCCGCCUGGAGGAGACACACGGGCAGCUGCUGGUGGCUCAUGUACUGGGCUACAUUGUGUCUUCCAGGUACGGUCUGUCAGAGGCAGAGCUGAAGGACGUGCUGUCUUUGGAUGAUGAGGUCCUGCAGGCCGUGUACCAGGACUGGACACCACCCAGCAAGGAGCUCCUACGCUUUCCGCCGCUGCUGUGGGUGCGGCUCCGCCGGGACCUGGGACACUGCUUGACCAGGAGGCCCGUGGAUGGUUGCACGCUGUUGGCCAUCGCACACAGACAGCUGUCCAAGGUGAUCCAGGUUCGAUACCUGUCUGGGCCUGAGAGAUCCAAGAGACACGGCGUGCUAGCUGAAUUCUUCUCUGGAGCCUGGAGCCAAGGCACCAAGAAACUCGUCACCCUGCCCCUCGUGGGGAAGCCCAUUAACCUGGACCGCAAGGUGGCCCCACAGCCGCUGUGGUUCUCAGGCACAGUGGCCAACCAGAGGAAGCUGACAGAACUGCCCUUCCAUCUGCUGCAUGCGGGUCGCAUGGAGGAGCUGAAGCAGGAGGUGCUGGGGAACAUGAGCUGGAUCUCCUGUAGGGGCAUCUCUGGGGGCAUUGAGGACCUGCUGGAUGACUUUGACAUGUGUGCCCCUCACAUGAACUCUCCUGAGGUUGAUCUGGUCAGAGAAGCCCUCCAGCUGUGCCGCCCUGCUGUGGAGCUCCGCGGCAUGGAGAAUAGUGUCCUAUACACUGAGCUCCUGGCCAGGCUCCUUUUCUUUGCUACGUCGUAUCCAGCAAUGAUCGGGCAGCUGUGCCAACAAGCACAGAGCUGGUUCCGUGCCUGCCCACACCCAAUGCUGGUGCCCUUGGCAGGAUUUCUACAGCCACCUGGGGGAAGAUUUCGAGCCACUCUCACUGGAUGUCACAAAGGGGUCACUGCCAUAGCAUGGAGCCUGGAAGAGAAGCUGCUGGUGGUGGGCACCCAAGAUGGCUCCAUGGUAGUGUGGGAUGUGGAGGAACAGCAGGUGGUCCACGUUCUAACAGGACACACAGCUGAGGUGAGGUGCAUUCGAGUGUUUGCCCUAGGGACUCUCGCCAUCUCUGCAUCAAAGGACCACACCCUGCGCCUGUGGAGCCUGCUCUCUGGUCAGGAGAAACUCACCAUUUUGGACAGAGGCUCACCAACUUCCAUAGAGCCUCAGAGCUGGGAGCUCCAUGUGGAUGAGAUGAACAAAGUCGUAUACUUGACAUCUAGUGCAAAGAUCAGCGUGUGGAAUCUGGAAACCGCAAAGCUGGUUUUCUGUAUCCCAGGAUAUGCGUCUGACCCCUGGGCCUGCGUGGCGGUGCUGGCCACUCGGGGUGUGCUGCUCUCUGUGUCCAAGGGCGGUCAAGUCAGUCUGUGGGACUCAGCCACGGGAAAGCUGCAGGAGAAACACCAGCUUUCCAGCAUCAAAGAGGAGACACCCACCUGUGCCGUCUCUAUCCAGACACGGGCAAAGCUGGUCACUGGCUUCAGCAGUGGCUCCAUCGUCCUGGUUUCCUCAGGAGAAGACAGGUUGCUGGAGAAGCUUCCAGAAGCUGUGGGAUUCCUGGUGGUGUCUGAAGAUGAUUCCGUUCUUGCAGCAGGCUUCGGAAGAUGUGUGCGGAUUUUCUUAGCCGACUCUCAGGGCUUCCACCGGUUCAUGGCCACGGAUCUGGAACAUGAGGACAUGGUAGAGACAGCAGCUGUGGGUCCUGAGAACAACAUGAUCAUCACAGGCUCCCGGGAUGCACUCAUCCAGGUGUGGAGUCUGUCAGAACAGGGGACCCUGCUGGACGUCCUGGAGGGCGUGGGAGCCCCUGCAAGCCUGCUGGUCCGGGGCGGGAUUCUGGUAGCGUCUGCUUCCUCAAAGUCUUCGUCUGUGAAAAUCUGGGAUCUCGGGUCCACUCAGAAGCCAAGGCCUCCUGCUCCGUUUCUGGACCGCACGGGCCUAGCUGCGGUGUCCCAUCACGGCAGCUACGUCUACUUCCCCAAGGUCGGGGACAAAAACAAAGUCACGAUUUGGGAUUUGGCAGAAGGUGAGGAACAGGAUUCCCUGGACACGUCCAAUGAGGUCCGGUGUCUGGAGGUGGCCGAGCAGGCCAAGCUCCUCUUCACAGGCCUGGUUUCGGGGAUUGUGCUUGUGUUCCCCCUGAAUUCCAGGCAAGAUGUGCUGUGUAUCCCCCCACCCGAGGCCCGCAAGGCUGUCAACUGCAUGUCCCUGAGCAAGAGUGAGGACCGGCUGGCCAUCGCCUAUGACAACAUCGUCCUGGUGCUGGACAUCAGCCCCGGGGACCCAUGUCCCACCAUCGAGGGCCCCACCUACACCUUUUACACCCAGCUGCCGGAGACCAUAGCAAGUGUGGCCGCGCUGGCCGACUACCGUGUUCUCUACGGCAUGACUGAUGGCGGCCUCUUCCUGUACAACUGUGCAAGCUCCAAAGUCUUCCCGCUGGAGGCCCACGGGAGCAGGGUGAGCUGCGUGGCGGUCAGCCACGGGGAGCAGCUGGCCGUGAGCGGGGCGGAGGAUGCGCUGCUCUGCCUCUGGGACCUGCAAGCUUGCAGGGGGAUGUUCGAGAUGAGCUAUGAGAGCUCCUACUGCAGAGGGGUGCAGUGUGCCUGCUUCUCGAAGGACGACAAGUACGUGUUUGCAGGCAUGAAGGACCGCUCCAUCAUUGCCUGGAGUGUGCUGGACGGCACCCUGCUGGCUGUCCAGUUUGUCCACGCUGUCAUCAGCCGAAUCAUCCCCACCUCCAGUGGCUUCAUGGCCCCCACAAGCCAUGGCUAUCUCAUCAGAGAACAUUUCCAGUGCCCAUCAGCCAGAGCCUCCCAGCAAGAGCCUCUCAAGAACUUCAAGAGGGCAGUGUGGUUAGUCAAGAGGCAAAGGAAAGAGCAGCUGACUGCCGCAGAGGCCUCUCAGGACACAGGGUCAGUGGCCGCAGAAGGAAAGGAAUUGAAGUCAAAUAAGCGCUCCCAGGUCUGCCUGAUACUGUGAAGGCCUUGGGAGGCUAGGCCUCGGCUCAUCUGAUAGAACAAACUGUCCAGCUCUCCUGGUGCCAUGCAGACCCCAGGUCUCCCUCAAGCAUCUUCCAUUUUCCUGCCUCUUUUUCUGUUGGGUUUUCAAACCUGCUCCCCUCAGGUUAGCAGCCCUCAUCUCCCACACUGCUCCAAGAACCUGGAUCAAAGCCUUGGUUCUGCCUCUGUUGGUUCCAGUAGGCACAACUCUUAUUGUUGAGCCAAUCACUGGCUCUGGGAGGAUCUGCAAUCACUGUGGGAACCACAGGUGACCCACUGGAGGGCAACCCUGUGUGGCAGAGUGACAGACUGCAGGGAUGUGGUGGGCACUGUCCUGUCUUGGAAGGCAGUGGGCAUCCAGCUGUGGUCCAGAAUCCACAUGGCAAAGCCAGCCUGUGUCUCAGCCUUUCCCUUCCCUGUGUGAAGCCAGAGGUCUGGGCUGUCAUUCCAUAUACACGCUUGCCCAUUUGAACUUGUGACUGGCACACGUGAUCACAGUUAGCCAGUGUGUAGCUCCUGCCCUGACAGUGACGUAAAAUGGAUUGUACAAAAUCUACUCCAGCUGCUUGAUGACUUAGCCUUUAAUCCCAGCACCAGGAGGCGGAGGCCAGCCUGGUCUACAGAGUAAGUUCCAAGACAGACAGGAGAGAGAGAUUCUGUAGAAAAGGGGGCAGGGAGGAAAAGAAAAUAGAAAAAGAAAGAAAUCUACUUGAGGCUCGGGGCUUAAAGCACCUGCAGUCCCCCUGUGAGCGCUAGAGUUUGAACCUCAGAACCCAGGACCAUGCCAGGUGGACACUGUCACCGGCCUGCAGGACUCGCCCCAGAAUGUGGAGACAGGCUGUUCUCAUUUCACAGGCUGCUGUGACAAAAAACGCUCUGACCAAAGUGACCUAUGGAGGCAAGGGGUCCUUUGGCUUCCACUCUCAGGCCACCAGGGCUGUUGGCUAUUGCACACAGCAUGACCUCCGACCAAGAGACUCACUCGGCAGUGUCCCAGGCACUGUUCUCUUGCUGUGAGAGGCAACUCAUUUACAAAGGAGCAUUUAAUUGGAGUAGUUUACAGUCCAGAGGCUUAGUCCGUUAUCAUCAAUGGCAGGGAGCGUGGCAGCAGGCAUGGCAGGCAUAGUGUUGGUGAAGUAGCUGAGAGAUAUAUCAUGAUCUGCAGACAUGCAGAGAGAGAGAGAAAGAGAGAGAGAGAGAGAGAGAGAGAGAGAGACAGACAGACAGACAGACAGACAGACAGACUGGGCUUAGCAUGGACUUUUGAAAACUUCAAAGCCUACCCCAUGAUAUACAUCCUCCAACAAGGCCACACCUAACCCUUAUAAUCCUUUCAAACCGUUCUACUCCCUGGUGGCCAAACAUUUGAAUAUAUGUGCCUUCUGGAGCCAUUCUCAUUUAAACCACCACAAGCAGGAAGCAUGGGCUGGGCUGCUUUUCUGGCUUUCUCCGGAUUGUUAUCCGCUCAUACAGCCCCAGAACCACCAGCCCAGGGAAUGGCGCCUUCCACAACGGGUUCCCUCCUGCACCGGUUCACAGUCAAGACAACCCCCCACGGUCACACCCAUACCAGCCUGAUGGAGCGGUCCUCGCUUGUCAUGUGACUCUAGAUUGUGUGAAGUUGACAGUUAAAGCUAACUAGGUCACAGAGGAUCAUGAGCGUUCUGGCUAGCUGAGCGAGACACACCUGCAAGCCCUCGGUUUGAUAAAGAGAUCCUGCCUCAAGGAAUAAGGUGGAAGAAGAAUCAAGGAUGAUUCCUGACUCGACCUCAGGCCUCCACAAAUAAACAUGCACACACAUGUGUAUACACACACAUACACAGUCUUAUGAUGCCCAAACUGGCCUCAAACUCCAUGUGUGCUGUUGAACUCUCGAUCCUGCAGGACCACAGUCAUAGCCAUGCCCAGCUCCCUGACACAUCAGAACACGCUAACAUCUCCCUGCUUUGCUCCAGACCGCCUGCCUCGAAGUGGCUCUCCCUAUGCCCACAGCCAUCUACUGAGCCGGGCUUGUGCCUGGGCCCUUGCUGCAGUCAUGUCUUAAGGAGAGCUUUCCUCACUGCAUAGGACUCUAGACAGACAGAGCAAGUUUCUUGGUGCUGGAGAUGGAACCAGGGCUUGCUAGGCAAGUGCUAGACCGAGAGCCACGCUUCUGGCCUGUCCCUGAUGCUGAGCUCCAGCUUCAAAAUGAGGCCAUUGAAGAUAACUCCUUCAGUUAUUUCCCAAACGAGGGUUCCAAAAUGCACGCUAUGGCAGCUCUGAAAAUGUUAGUGACAAAAUUUAAAUAAAUAAAUGAAUAAAUAAAUAAAUAAAUAAAUAAAUAAAUAAAUAAAUAAAUAGGGCUGGAGAGAUGGCUCAGAGGUUAAGAGCACUAGCUGCUCUUCUAGAGGUCCUGUGUUCACUUCCCAGCAACCACAUAAUGGCUGACAACCAACUAUAAUGAGAUCUGGUGACCUCUCCUGGUCUGCAAGUACACAUGCAGGCAGAACACUGUAUAUAUAAUAAAUACAUCUUUAAAUAAAUAAAUAAACAGCGGACUGGAGAGAUGGCUCAGCAGUUAAGCUUCAUGCUGCUCCAGCAGAGGACCCAAGUUUGAUUCUUAACACCCACACCAGGUAGCUCACAACCAGCCUCAGGGGAAUUCAGUAACCUUAGUCUUUUGCAGAUACCUGCACGCAUACAAACACACACACUUACAAAUAAGCUAGCUGGGCUGCAGGGACAAACAAGUGGGCCCUUUAAAAAACUUAUCAAUCUUUAAAAAACUUAUGGGCCGCCAGGCAAUGGUGACAUUCUCCUUUAUUCCCAGCACUUGGGAUGCAGAGGCAGGUGGAUCUGUGAGUUCAAGGCCAGCCUGGUCUACAUGGAGAGUUCCAGGACAGGCUCCAAAGCUACACAGAGAAAACUUGUCUCAAAAAAUAAUAAUAAUAAUAAUAAUAGGGGCUGGAGAGAUGGCUCAGUGGUUAAGAUCACUGACUGCUCUUCCAGAGGACCUGGGUUCAAUUCCCAGCAUCUACAUGGCAGCUAACAAAUGUCUGUAAUUCCAAGAUCUCACACCCUCACACAUACAUGCAGAUAAAACACCAGUGCAAAUAAAAGGAAAAUUAUAAUAAUAAUAAUAAUAGAAAAACCUUAUGGGUCAAUGAGCUGACUUGGUGAAUAACAGCACUUAGUACUCAACCCUGAGUUCAAUCUCUAGGACCCACAGGGUGGAAGAAGAGACCCGACUUCACAAGAGUUGCUUGCUGAACCCACACUUCACCAUAGUAAUCACACCCUGUUGCAGGGUGAGGGCCCACCUGUUUGUCCCUGCAGCCUAGCUAGCUUACACCCGAAAUAACCACACAGAAACUGUGUUCAUUAAAUCACUGCUUGGCCUAUUAGCUCUAACAUCUUAUUGGCUAUCUCUUACACCUUGAUUUAGCCCAUUUCUACUAAUCUAUGUAUUGCCACGUGGCAGUAGCUUACCAGGAAAGAUUCGGCAUGUCUGAUUCUGUUGGCUCCAUGGUGUCUCUCCUUUACUUCGCUUUCUUCCUCCCAGCAUUCAGUCUGUCUUCCCGCCUACCGAAGUUCUGCCCUAUCAACUAGGCCAAGGCAGUUUCUUUAUUCAUUAACCAAUGAAAGCAGCACACAAAAAGAAGGACCUCCUACACAUACACACAAGAAGAAGAAGAGGAGGAGAAAAAGGAGGAGGAGGAAGAAAUUUGGUAUAUUUUAAGCUAUAGCUUGAAAAUAUGUACUCAGGUGCAUUGAGCAAUAACUUUAGAUUUUUAAAAUAAUAUUUUAUUUUUAUUAACCUGUAUUAACUGUACAUAUUAGUAGGGGCCCAUGAGAUAGUUCAUCUUGACUGCAGCACACACUCAUCAAACAGCCUCUUUAUCCACCUUCAGCUCCGUCCCACGCUGGUCCUCACAAUUCCACGUCCUUCUAAUUCCUGUGUAUGAGCGAGGGAAUGCGGCACUGCCAUCCUGCAUCUGAUUUCAUGGAACACAAUGGCCUUCUCUCUGGCUGCAUGUUAUUCCAUUAUUGACUGUACCACAUAUUCUUUUCCAACACUGAAGUGUGACUGUUGGCCAUUGCUAGUUAGGAAGUCUCUCACCGUCUCCCCUUAACUGAAGGACUUAGCUUGAGCAGAGAGCCCUUGAAGGGGAAAAUGUUACCAUUUUGCCUCUCCCUGGCUCCCUCCCCACGCCUCUCGUCCUGACAGGGAAAGUUGAUGUACAGCUUCUGGCCUAAAAUUCCAGUAUCUGGGGCUUGGUCACAGAGGUGUUUAAUCCCAGCUGUUGGGAGGCAGAGCAGGAUCAGAGGAUCUGUGUGAGUUUGAGGCCAGCCUGGUCUACAUAGCAAGACAUUGUCUCAAAAACGAAACAAAAAUAAAAUUCCUGUGUUCAUUGCAACAGUCUGAGGGAGAUUCAGUUACUGAGCAAUGUGCUCCAGGCUGGUGGAUGGUAGGUACACAGGGUGGAAGCUGUAAGAGGCUCCUACUGCUGUGUGUCAGAGUAUGACCCCCCAGCCCACGGAGGGUGUGAAUGGAGCGUGACCCCCGGCUCUCAUGGGGUGUGUGUGUGGAUGGAGCAUGACCCCCGGCUCCCACGGGGGUGUGGAUGGAGAGUAGCCCCCGGCUCCCACAAGGGGUGUGGAUGGAGCGUAGCCCCCCACCCUCAGGGGGUAUGGAUGGAACAUGACCCCUGACCCUCACGGGGGGGGGUGUGUGGAUGGAGCGUGGCCCCCGGCUCCCACGGCACUGUGGAUGGAAACAUCUCACACAGACAACUUUGCUCCCUAAGCCCUACUGCAGGCUGCGGGCUGUUCCCGUUAUUUCCUUGCUGUGAGCAAACACUGGACACAGCAAUUUAAGUGGGGUGGGUUUCUUUGGGGUCAGGGUUUAUGGUUCCUGUCCAUCAUGGCGGAAGGAGGAGGUUUUGGCCUUGGCUCACAGCCAGGCAGAAACUUGGCGUUGUUGUUUGAAGUUCAUUCUAGAACUCUGGUUGGUAGCAUGGCUCCACCCCUGUUCAGGGUGGAUCGUCCUUCCUCAGCGAAAGCUCUCUGGAAAUGCCCUCACAGACUCUCAGUCACACUGGGAGUGAAGCUGACCCAUGUCCAGUCCACCCCUUACCAACUCGGCACAUGUGCCACCUGCAUCACAUCAGCCUGCCCAGUCCUUAGGGCCUCUUGGCCAUCUCAUAAUGCAAGGUUGUUGGGGGGAGCCUGCUUGUUUCAUUCCUGGUUGCUUAGCCCCGAAAUAAUCACACAUAAAUUAUAUUAUUUAAAUCACUGCUUGGCCCAUUAGCUCUAACUUCUUAUUGGCUAACUCUUACAUCUUAAUUUAACCCAUAUCCAUUACUCUGUGUAUU